CUCCCUUACAUUUUGCUGGGGGUCAUCAAUUAUGCAGGGUAACGGUGCACACUGAAGGAAGGUAGCAGCAACAAUAUGGCGACAUCCGCAAUUUCUAACGAAUUUAUUCGACAUCUGCAGUCCAGUGACGAUUUUUUGGAUACCCGCUAACGUAAUCAUAAACUGGCUGCCGUGGAGGGUACAUAACAGGAGAAGAAGUUGCUGCAGGAUGAAAACAUGGCUGCACCCCUUCUUGCACCGCCAGGACCUGACAGCUUCAAAUACUUUACCAGGGAAUCUCUGUGUGAAAUUGAGAAGCGCAUUGCUGAGGAGAAAGCCAAGCCGCCACCUAAACCAGACAGCAGCUACCGCGACGAUGACGACGAGAACAAGCCCAAGCCUAACGGUGACCUGGAGGUGGGCAAGAGUCUGCCCUUCAUCUAUGGGGACAUCCCUCCUGGAAUGGUGGCAACACCAUUGGAGGAUCUCGAUCACUUCUACAUGAAUAAGAAAACAUUUAUAGUCCUAAAUAAAGGGAAAACAAUCUUCCGCUUUAGUGCCACACCUUCCUUGUACAUGAUAAGCCCUUUUAAUCUCGCUAGGCGAAUAGCGAUUAAAAUUUUGAUACAUUCAGUAUUCAGCAUGUUCAUUAUGUGUACGAUUUUGACCAACUGUGUGUUCAUGACUUUUAGUAAUCCUCCCGAGUGGUCCAAACAAGUAGAGUAUACCUUUACUGGAAUUUAUACGUUUGAAUCAACUGUAAAAAUCAUUGCCCGUGGAUUCUGUAUAGAUGACUUCACAUUCCUUAGAGAUCCAUGGAACUGGCUGGAUUUCAUGGUCAUCUCAAUGGCAUAUGUAACAGAGUUUGUGGACCUGGGGAAUGUAUCUGCGCUGAGAACAUUCAGAGUUCUCCGAGCAUUGAAAACUAUCUCUGUCAUUCCAGGUCUGAAGACCAUUGUUGGCGCUUUGAUCCAGUCGGUGAAGAAGCUGUCAGAUGUGAUGAUCCUCACCGUUUUCUGCCUCAGUGUCUUUGCCCUCAUUGGUCUGCAGCUCUUCAUGGGAAAUCUGCGACAAAAGUGUGUCAUCUGGCCCAUCAACAUUACAGAACUAUUCCAGGCCAAUGGCACCCAUGCAUUCAACUGGGAUGAGUACAUCAUGAAUGAUAUAUGGGCUUUCCUGGCUCUAUUCCGCCUCAUGACGCAGGACUUUUGGGAGAACUUGUACCAGCUGACCCUGAGAGCAGCGGGGAAGACCUACAUGAUUUUCUUUGUGCUGGUGAUCUUUGUUGGCUCAUUCUACCUUGUGAAUCUGAUCCUGGCUGUGGUGGCCAUGGCAUAUGAAGAACAGAACCAGGCCACUAUGGAAGAGGCGGAGCGAAAGGAGGUGGAGUUUAAAGCCAUGCUGGAACAGCUGAAGAAACAUCAGGAGGAAGUACAGGCUAACGCAAUGGCGACAUCGGCGGGGACGGUGUCUGAGGACGUGGUGGAGGAUGAUGGUGAUGGAGGUGGGAACUUGUCCUGCAGCUCAUCUGAGAUGUCUAAACUCAGCUCCAAAAGUGCCAAAGAGCGACGCAACCGCAAGAAGAAGUGGCGGCAGAAAGAGCAGGACAAGGAGAAAGGGGACAGUGAGAAGUUUGUCAAAUCCGAAUCGGAUGAUGGAAGCAGGAGGAGCAGAUUCCGUUUCCCUGAUAACCGUUUAGGACGUAGGAGUUCUAUAAUGAACCAGUCUCUGCUCAGCAUCCCAGGCUCACCAUUCCCUUCAAGACGCAACAGUAAGAGCAGCAUCUUCAGCCACUGUAAGGAUGGAGGCUCGGAGAAUGAGUUUGCAGAUGAUGAACACAGCACGGUUGAGGAGUACGACGAGCGGCGCGAUUCGUUCUUAAGCCCACAACGUCGCAGCAGCUACACAGGUUACUACGGCAAGCGCAACAGCACUGUGGAUUGCAAUGGAGUGGUCUCUCUCAUCGGGCCGGGGCCUGGCGGACGCCUACUGCCUGAGGUGAUAAUAGAUAAGGCAGCCACUGAUGACAGCCCAACCACUGAUCUCGAAAUCAAGAAGAAACUCUCAGGCUCUCUAAUGGUUUCUGUAGAGCAGCUUAACACAUCGUUUGGGCGCAAGGAGCGAGCCAACAGUGUCAUGAGUGCGUUAACCAACACAUUGGUUGAGGAAUUGGAAGAGUCUCAGAGGAAGUGUCCACCAUGCUGGUACAAAUUUGCCAACAAGUUUCUUAUCUGGGAGUGCGGACCUGUUUGGAUGAAGGUUAAGGAGAUUGUGAACCUGAUCGUGAUGGACCCUUUUGUAGACUUGGCUAUCACCAUUUGCAUUGUGCUGAAUACUCUCUUCAUGGCCAUGGAGCAUUACCCUAUGACGGAGAAUUUUGAGCAUGUACUGUCUGUUGGAAACCUGGUGUUUACUGGUAUCUUCACUGCCGAAAUGUUUGCCAAACUGGUUGCAAUGGACCCAUACUACUAUUUCCAGGAAGGCUGGAAUAUUUUUGAUGGCUUUAUCGUGAGCUUGAGUUUAAUGGAGUUGGGCUUGGCCGAUGUAGAAGGUCUUUCUGUGCUGAGAUCAUUCCGAUUGCUGAGAGUUUUUAAACUGGCUAAGUCAUGGCCCACCCUUAACAUGCUGAUUAAGAUCAUCGGCAACUCAGUAGGAGCUUUGGGGAACCUGACCCUGGUGUUGGCCAUCAUCGUCUUCAUCUUCGCCGUGGUGGGCAUGCAGUUGUUUGGGAAGAGCUACAAGGACUGUGUGUGUAAAAUCGCUGGAGAUUGCGAGCUGCCCCGCUGGCACAUGAAUGACUUCUUUCACUCAUUCUUAAUCGUCUUCCGGGUGUUAUGUGGAGAGUGGAUCGAGACCAUGUGGGACUGUAUGGAGGUGGCUGGACAGGGAAUGUGUCUCAUCGUCUUCAUGAUGGUCAUGGUCAUAGGAAACUUGGUGGUCUUGAAUCUGUUCCUUGCCUUGCUGCUGAGCUCAUUCAGCGCAGACAACUUGGCAGCUUCUGAUGACGACGGCGAGAUGAACAACCUGCAGAUUGCAGUUAUUCGCAUUAAGAAGGGAAUUGCAUGGGUGAAGGCCAAAGUUCGAGAACUGGUCAACAUCAUCCUCAGGAGGAAGGUCACCGACGAGGCCAAGCCGCUAGACGACAUGUAUGACCGGAAGCUAAACUGCAUCACCAAUCACACAGGCGUGGACAUCAGCCGUGACCUGGACUAUCAGAAAAAUGGCAACGGAACCACCAGUGGUAUAGGCAGUAGUGUGGGCAAGUACAUGAUUGAUGAUGACCACAUGUCCUUCAUCCACAACCCCAACCUGACCGUAUGCGUGCCCAUCGCCAUGGGCGAGUCUGACUUUGAGAAUCUCAACACCGAAGAUUUCAGCAGUGAGUCUGAAGCAGAGGGCAGCAAAGAAUUGGAUGACAUCAGCUCUUCAGAGGGCAGCACCAUAGAUAUUAAACCAGAGGUAGAGGAAGCGGUGGUGGUGGAGGCAGUAGAGGAAUAUGUUGACCCUGAAGCUUGCUGGACUGAAGGUUGUGUGGCCCGCUACAAGUGUUGUGAUGUGCCCAUCACGGAGGGCUGGGGUAAGAAUUGGUGGUUCCUCCGGAAGACCUGCUAUCUCAUUGUGGAGCACAACUGGUUUGAAACCCUCAUCAUCUUCAUGAUCCUCCUCAGUAGUGGAGCAUUGGCAUUUGAGGAUGUGUACAUUGAACAGAGGAAGACAAUCCGUAUUAUUCUGGAGUACGCUGACAAGGUCUUUACCUACAUCUUCAUAUUGGAGAUGUUGUUAAAGUGGGUGGCCUACGGUUUUGUCAAGUACUUCACCAACGCCUGGUGCUGGCUGGACUUCUUCAUUGUUGACACAGCAGAGACAGUAUAA